AUGGAGGUCUUCGUCCAUCGCGUACCUCCGCAAUGCACAGAGCGUGACGUCAAAAGAUUCUUCAACAGACCUCUCGCCGAAUUCGACAUCACCAACUUCGUGUGCGAGAAGUUUCGUAGCAGAGCCUGUGCAAAACUCAUCUUUCUGGAAGUCGAUAAAGGCAAUCGCUUUCUUGCUAAAUAUGGAAAGUCCAACGGCCAGCAAAGACCGACCGUCCAGCUCAUCAUGAACGGCAUGGACAUCAACUGCGCCGUGUCCAGGAACGAGCCGGAUGAAUAUGUCCUGCGCAGUCUUGAGCAGAGAGCCACGCAAUCGACUGUAUCGGUCCACAGUCGUACCACCGCUCGCACUCAGGCGAGCUUCAGCUUCGGUAUCUCUCAUCUGCGCUGUGGAGUCUGGUCCUUCCUCAACGGCGAACUCACGUUUGAGUCACACUUUGAGGACCAACGAUCUGGCCAGAUAUUCCAAUCUGCAUACCGCAUCGACAUCAAGUACUUUGAUGUUCAUACAGCAACGACAGGAUCUUACAAAUCUCCGACUAUCAGUUUCGCACUGCAAAGAUCUUCUAGGUUCUACUGUGAACCUUCAACAGACCUUUUAAACGCAUUCGCAAACUUCAACCUGCUGAACAUGCAUGAUGUUCCGAUGCUAUCCUCGAAGAAAAAGCGAGUUACGAGCAUCAACGAGGCCCAUGCUGGUGUUGUUAGUACCUGCUUCGUAUAUCAGGUACAGCUUGUCGACUGUAGGCAACUGCCCGAAGUCUUCUACCUGUUAAGGGACAAUCGCCACAUCGCAUCGGUCGCGAAUCGCCCAACUCCGACCGUUUCCCCUGCUGUCAGCCUGGCAUCUUCGUUCGAGAGAUUGGAUCAGACUCUCGUGGCUGGGGAUACCUACAGAGCCUGGCCGUUUGAGGUCAAGUUUCAGAUCCUUCGACUGGCUAGGAACGGUGUGCUCUCACCCGAUCAAGUUCUCGAAAUCCUUCCGACGGUCUCUCUAUUGACCGAGAACCACGACGAAACCGUUAUUGUCAUUGCUCUGAGGCGCUUGUGUUACAGUCUGACACCAAUCGGACCCCAUUCAGAGCCUGAAGAGUACUCUUUGAAGACAAUUGGCAACAAUCUACUCGAUUAUGCGCAAAAGUACGACGACUCUAGGUCUCAGAAUUCGUAUGAGCUUCUCAACCGUCAUGCUCAUCUCGUGCUUGUACACAAGCUUACCGUGACGCCCACCGGCGUUCAUCUCCAAGGACCAGAGCCUGAAGUCAGCAAUCGAGUCUUGAGAUCUUAUAAGGAUCACUCAAACCACUUCCUCCGAGUCACCUUCACAGAUGAAGAUGGUGGACCUGUACUUUAUGACGUUAAAUCUGACCAAAAAGGUGUGUAUGCUCAUUUCAAGAACUUCACAGAAUCGGAAUACUCCAUCGCGGGCAGAGACUUCUCGUUCUUGGGAUUCUCUCAUUCGAGUCUUCGUACACAAACGUGCUGGUUCAUGGCACCCUUCGAGUUCCGUGGAGCAGAUCUUACCGCCUCAAACCUCAUCAAGAACCUGGGAGAUUUUGGUCACAUACGCAGCCCCGCUCGCUGUGCAGCUCGUAUCGGACAAUCUUUCAGCGAUACCACUGGAACUGUGGAGGUGGAAGCUCGUAUGCAGGACCCACCUCACGAUGUCGAACGCAAUGGUCGAUGUUUCAGCGAUGGUUGCGGUACAAUCUCACUUGGUCUUCUUCGAAAGGUUUGGGGUAAGUAUGGAUCGAGACGCACUCUGAAGCCCGUCGUCCUCCAAAUUAGAUUCGCUGGUGCGAAAGGCGUGGUGUCUCUGGACUCCCGCCUCACUGGGGAUCAGUUCAAAAUUCGGCCUUCCAUGGAGAAGUUCACCGGCUCUAACUCAAACACACUGGAGGUCUGCGGUGCGGCAUGGCGACCAUAUCCCAUGGUCCUCAAUCGUCAGUUCAUCAAGAUCCUUGAAGAUCUGAAUGUGCCCCUUGAGUCUUUCAUGAUACUACAAGACAGAGCAGUGGAGAAGUUGAGGAUGAUGACUACCAAUACCUUGAACGCCUCAUUCCUCCUCAACGGCACACAGACAAGCAAAGCCGCACGUUUGCCAGGUCUUCUUGAGAUGCUGUCCGAUAUCGGUCUGGAGUACCACGACGACUCGUUUCUUCGUGGGGUUGUUGAGAUGGCCGUGAUCACAAAGUUGCGCGAAAUCAAGUACAGAGGUCGUAUACCCGUCGAAAACGGAAUCACCCUCUAUGGCAUUAUGGACGAGACUGGUUAUCUCAAGGAAGGACAGAUCUACGUUGUCACUCAAAGCUCUUUGGAUGAGCCCAGAAAGGUCCUCCCGGGAGGUAGAGUCAUCAUCACACGCUCUCCUGCACUCCAUCCCGGCGAUAUCAGAACGGCGCAGGCCGUCGACGUCCCCGACAACUCGCCUCUCAAUUACCUUCGGAAUUGCGUUGUUUUCAGUCAGCAUGGUCGUCGCGAUUUGCCCAUGGGCGAGUCGGUUUGA